AUACGCUGCUGGCUCCUCCAGUGGGGUUGAAGCGAGCAAAGAAACGUCCAUCCAUCCAUCCACGACUGCAGAAAGCAGCAGACACAGCGAGACGCUCACUCCCAGUCCCCACUGAGUCAGACCAUGACUGCGAAGAACCGACAGAAGAGCGCCGCUGGCGAGAAGGCCGCCGCCGCCGCGUCAGCCGCCGCCGCCGCCGCGCCGGUCCAGGAUGAGAAGAAACCGUCUAAGAGCAACGGAGUGAGCGGCCCCACGGGAGCCCCGGGCCACGCACGCACCGGGAAGAGCUGGCUGGGCAGCCUGGUGUCCGCGCUCUUCUACGCGGCCAUGCUCGGCGCCGCCGGCCUGGCUGCCUUCCACUUGCAGAAGGUGGUGGAGGAGAUCCGCCAAACGAGCGCAAAACACGCGGAGAGCGCGCAGGCCAGCGCGGACAUGAGCCGCAAAAUGGACAACGUCGCCCGACAGGUGGAGUCUCUGAGGGGCGCUGUGGACGGUUUGGAGACGUCACUGGGUGUCACCCGGGUGGAGCUGGAGGGCGCCCUCAGCCGCAUGAAGAAGGGUGAGGAGGAGACCAGAAGGGUGGAGGAUACCCUCCAGAAGCUCCAGAGCGACCUCCUCCGGGAUCUCUCUGAAGGCAUCAGCGAGGUGAAGGAGGCCCGCGAGCGCGACUUCUCCUCUCUGGAGACGACGGUGGAGCAGCGCCUGGAUGACGUGAGUCGCUCGAUGCGAGCCAGCGUGGCCGAGUUUACGGCGGCUCAGGGCGAGGCGCAGAGCCAGCUGGCCGACCUCAAAGCCCGCCUCGGCGGCAUCGAGGACCCCGCCCUCGUCAAGCAGGAGCUGUCCGCCAUCGUUAACGCGGUGGCCGAGAUCAGGGCUGCCAAGCAGGACGCCGACACCUCCACCCUCUCCAUCCAGGAGCAGAUCAGCUCCGUCAGGGCGGAGCUCCAGACCCGCAACCAGGAGGUGGCUUCGCUGUCACAGGAGGUGGAGUCAGUGAGGUCGGUGAUGCAGGACACGGUCGGAAGUCUCAAGAUGGGCGUGUCUGCGGCCCAGUCGGAAGUCCAAGCCCUGAAGGACCAAACGGUCACGCUGGAGGGCAGCUUGGCGCGAGCGCUGGACGGCGUGGGCGACGUCGAGAAGAAGCUGAGCGAGGUGUCGGCUCAAACGCAGAAGAGAUGGGACGACAUGGAAGCCCGACUGAAGGCGUCGGAAGAGAGCGGGGAUUCCGUCUCCUCCAAGUUGGAGUCCAUACUGUCGAAGCACGACAGCGGGGUGGAGCUGGGCGGGGACAAGGAGCUGGAGGCCCUGAGGAGCAGCCUGGAGAACCUCCAGUCCAACAUGGACGCCAUGGGGGAGGCUCAGGACACGUUGAUGUCCACCGACUCCAUCAUGGGGCGGCGGGUGGAGGACCUGGAGAGGAAGCUGGCCGCCUCCGAGGGGGAGGAGGAGCACGCCGCCACGCUGGAAGAGCUUGGACAGGCCAUCACCUCCAUGCAGAAAGCCUUGCAGGAGGUCACACAGACUGUGGCGGCUUUAUCCCAACCCCAGGAAGAUCAAUAAACUUGUAUUUUUUAUUCAAGUCGUGCGAACUUGCCUUUGCACAGGAAGAAAGAAUGGACUCUGAUGAUCUGUGAAUCCAAACUCAUUCUGCACUGUUUUAGUCUCAUUUUCUACUUCCUGCUCAGGUUUGAAGGUCAAAAGCAAUACGCUCCACUCGAGCACUCCGCCGUUUACUCCUUUUUGGGUUUUCUUUUUUUUACAAUAAAAAAAAAACUUUUUGACUUUUAUAUGCGAUGUCAUUCAUGUCAAAAAGCACAUUGGAUAUGAACACCUUGGUUUAUAACACAAACCACAAUAGGGUUGUCACGAUACCAGUAUUGAUGUCAUGCGUUCAACACCAUUUUUUAUGCAUUUGAUACUACGAUAAAAAGCGAAUGUACUUUUAUAUUCACUAUCUUAAUGAAAAGAGUAUGAAAAUGUCAAGUGUUAAAUAUCACUGUGCUUCAACAUGUUUUUUCACAGAAUUGAAAUUGGAGUAUGAGCUGCCAAGAGGUAAACUAUACAUUCAAAAAUCAAAAACAAUGUGCUUAUAAUAUGCUCAUAAAUAACAUCAGUCAACUAUUUUACAUUCUAAAAAAAAACAACUUGAUAACAAUACUGUUGUCAAUGUUUUUUUUACUAUAGUGUGAUGUCACUUGUAAUGAAAUGGGCUAAUAAAAAGGCUAAAACAAGUA